UAUAGCAUCACAGUUAGCAAGAAAACGGAGAAUCUUUUGAAAGAAAGGGAGAUUCUCAUUGGCGAGAUGGAAACUAUGCGACAACGCGUGAAAAAUAUAUCCUGUUACGCAGAGGAGCUUGAACAAAAGAAUAACGAUAUCAAUCAACGAAUGACAGAGAUGCAGGAAACUAUUGGCAUGCAAAUGAAUGAAAUCUCACGAGAAAAAGGUGUCCGAGAGAAAUUAGAAAUUGAGGUGCAACAACUUCAAAAAGAAAUCAUUAUAAAAAAGAACGAACUAGAG